AAACAGUGCUACCCACAGAGUGAACAAGAGAGAGUCAUUUGGGAAACAAAAGGACUUUACAGAGAGAGAGGGAUAGCUAAAACUACGUGAGCCUGGCGAGGGUGCAGAGCAGAAAGUAGAGACAGAGAAGUGUCUGAAGACUGCUAUCUGGGACGAGACAGGUUGUUAACGGGACAGGAGAGAUAGCAGAGUUAUUUCAAGAGUGAGCCACAGAAGGGAAUCCACAGGCCGUCUGAGUGAGGAAGGGUCUACAGCCAGUGAGUGAAGGCCAGGAGCAGGGCCCAGGCCAGGGUAGGCACAACCACCGAGGGGAUGAACUUCGCCGUGGGUUUCAAGCCGCUGCUAGGGGAUGCACACAGCAUGGACAACCUGGAGAAGCAGCUCAUCUGCCCCAUCUGCCUGGAGAUGUUCUCCAAACCAGUGGUGAUCCUGCCCUGCCAACACAACCUGUGCCGCAAGUGUGCCAACGAUGUCUUCCAGGCCUCAAAUCCUCUGUGGCAGUCCCGGGGCUCCACCACUGUGUCUUCAGGAGGCCGUUUCCGCUGCCCAUCUUGCAGGCAUGAGGUUGUCCUGGACAGACACGGUGUCUACGGCCUGCAGCGAAACCUGCUAGUAGAGAACAUUAUUGACAUUUACAAGCAAGAGUCGUCCAGGCCACUGCACUCCAAGGCUGAGCAGCACCUCAUGUGCGAGGAGCAUGAAGAGGAGAAGAUCAAUAUCUACUGCCUGAGCUGUGAGGUGCCCACCUGCUCUCUCUGCAAGGUCUUCGGUGCCCACAAGGACUGUGAGGUGGCCCCACUGCCCACCAUUUACAAACGCCAGAAGAGACAGUAUCUCACUCUGUUGCCCAGGCUGGAGUACAGUGGCACAAACACAACUUACUGCAGCCUUGAUCUCCUGAGCUCAAGUGAUCCUCCCGUCUUAGCCUCCCAGAACACUAAGAUUAUAGAUAGUGAGCUCAGCGAUGGCAUCGCGAUGCUAGUGGCAGGCAAUGACCGUGUGCAAGCAGUCAUCACGCAGAUGGAGGAGGUGUGCCAGACCAUCGAGGACAAUAGCCGGAGGCAGAAGCAGUUGUUAAACCAGAGGUUUGAGAGCCUGUGCUCAGUGCUGGAGGAGCGCAAGGGCGAGCUGCUGCAGGCGCUGGCCCGGGAGCAAGAGGAGAAGCUGCAGCGCGUCCGCGGCCUCAUCCGUCAGUAUGGCGACCACCUGGAGGCCUCCUCUAAGCUGGUGGAGUCAGCCAUUCAGUCCAUGGAAGAGCCACAGAUGGCGCUCUACCUCCAGCAGGCCAAGGAGCUGAUCAAUAAGGUCGGGGCCAUGUCGAAGGUGGAGCUGGCAGGGCGGCCGGAGCCAGGCUAUGAGAGCAUGGAGCAAUUCACCGUGAGCGUGGAGCACGUGGCCGAAAUGCUGCGGACCAUCGACUUCCAGCCGGGCGCUUCCGGGGAGGAAGAAGAUGAGGAGGGGGCCCUGGACGGAGACGAGGGCAGCGCGGGGCCGGAGGAAGAGCGGCCGGAUGGGCCUUAAGGCCUGCGCCGACCCUACCCUGCUCGAGAGCCGGCGCUAGGGUCGGGGAGGAUCUGCGCAGAGACCGCGACCUCGCCCAAAUCGGCACUCGCCCCGGGAGGAUCUCAAUAAAGAACUCGAGCGUCCCAGACCCGUAUCUCCUUUCGCUGCCCAAUCCCGCAGCCUCGGCUUCGGAGGCGACCCGCCCACCAUCCUGCCCUUCCCAGAACCUGAGACCAUCCGGGGGUCGGAAGCCAAAUGAACCCCUAUUGGGCACCUCUGUGAUGCCAGGAGCGAAAUGGUGAGCCCAGCGCCCUGGGAAAAUGGUCGAGGGCGGGGCGGUGGUGCCGGGACCUCUGAGGUCCUGGGGAUUUGGGGACCCCUGAGGUUCACAGGCACCUGGCUGACCUGGCUGAAAGCCGUUCUCCCGGAACCCCCCACAGCAUUUUGUUCCCCUCCCGCUGGCCCGGGGACCCCACCUUCCCACGGGUUCCCACGCUGCUGUGACUGCCCUGCCCCCACGACAGAAGCCAACGGGUCUUCAGUACUUUUAUUAAAAAAUAGUCAAGCA